UACUUUUCUUCCUCUCUCCGUCUUUCGCUUUUUCUUCUUCUCCGACUUUUAAUCUGCCAUGAAUAUUUGCGGCGGAGAUUGCAGCGGAACUGCCGCCGAGGAAGGCGAAGUCAAGGACAACGGCAAUCUUCCGUCGACGGCUUGUGCUGCGUGCAAAUUUCAGAGAAGAAAAUGCUCUGCCGAUUGUCCUUUGGCUCCGUAUUUUCCUGCACAUCGUCUUCAAGAUUUUCAAAACGUCCGCAAAUUGUUCGGCGUAAAAAACGUCCUCAAAACCCUAGCCGAUUUGGAGCCUGAUAACAGAUUUAAAGCGGUCGAGUGUAUGAUUUUCGAAGCAAAUUGUCGCGCCAGUGAUCUCGCUGGUGGUUGUUACAAAAUCAUCGCUAAAUUACAGAGUGAAAUCACGCUUCUGGAGGCUCAGCAUCGUGCCGUCCUCCGUCAGCUCCGAUUUUUCCGACAAACAACAGCGGCGGCGAUUUCGCAACGCGGUUCGAUUCUUUCGGAAUUAGAUUUUGAUUGUAAGCCAGGGCUUACUUCUCUUUUGCUUGAUUGCGAUUAUUUGAGUGAUCGGUUGAAUAUGAUGGAGAAUGAAGUUUCUUUUCCCAAAGCCCUAACCAAUUAGAGCAUUCUUAAUUUUUAGAUUUAGAUUUAGUUUAUAGUCUUCCUCUUCUUUUUCCCUUGAAACAGAUAUAGAUUAUGAUUUGAAUGUGCUGCAAAGAAACUAUA